AUGGGAACCAUUAACCGCGACAUGUACAGCGUAAAACUGGAUGGAAAAGAUAAAAAACGCAUGUCCACUAAAUCGGGACAAACAAAUUUUGAAUUUACAAACGGUUACAAAUAUUACAUUUCCAAUUAUCACAAUUCGUCUGCACCUCCGCUGUACGAGCUUUACAGUAUUGAUGGAAAAUUAGUGAAGGUGCUUGAAGACAACAAAGAGUUGGUAGAUAAAAUGAAAACCUACAAUUUAAGCGCGAAAGAAUUUUUGACAUUUAGAAGUCCGGAAGGAAUUGAUUUAAAUUACUGGAUGAUGAAGCCUGCCAAUUUUGAUUCAAAGAAAAAAUAUCCUGUGUAUAUGUACGCUUACGGUGGUCCUGGUAGCAACGAAUGUAACAAUGGCUGGGACGGCUUUGAUUAUUUCUGGCAUAACUUACUUUGCCAGGAAGGUUACAUUGUGUUAGGUAAAUAUGAAACCAUCGAUCAGAUCAAUUUUGCAAAAUAUUUAGGAGGAAUGGAUUAUGUGGAUAAAUCACGCAUUGGUUUCCAGGGCUGGAGCUUCGGAGGAUAUAUGGCUUCUUUAAUGAUCUCCAAAGGAGCAGAUGUAAUCAAAACUGCUAUUGCUGUGGCGCCGUUUGAAUCUCUAAAUACCUGGUUGCCGGCCGUUUCCAGUCCUUUAUUAAUAGCCGGUCCUUGCGGUGCUGAAAGUCCUGAACAACUCAUGGCUACAGCUAAAGGACUCAAAGACACCGGAAAAGUUUCUUUAUUCAGGGCUGGUGUCUGGAAGCCGCGUACUCGUCCAAAUGCCUUUGAAGGUAUGGGUGAAGAAGCUCUAAAAUGGUUGGUGGAUGUAAAAAAGGAAUACGGAUUUAAACUCACUGUAGAGGUAGCAAAUGCUCAACACACUGAGUUGGCGCUGAAGUACGGGAUUGAUGUUUUAUGGAUUGGUGCGCGAACUACCGUAAAUCCUUUUAGUGUUCAGGAAAUUGCUGAUGUUUUAAAAGGUGUGGAUGUGCCCGUGAUGGUUAAGAAUCCUGUGCAUGCCGAUCUACAACUCUGGAUUGGCGCCAUUGAACGCAUUUACAAUUCCGGCAUUUAUAAAAUUGCCGCUAUUCACCGUGGAUUUCACUUUUAUGGGAAAACGAAAUACCGUAACAAACCUUUAUGGCAAUUGCCAAUAGAGUUGAGGACAUUGUUCCCGGAUUUACCGAUCAUCUGCGAUCCCAGUCAUAUCAGUGGAAACAGGGAACUUAUUCCAUCUGUAGCACAAAAAGCUUUAGACUUAGGUAUGAACGGCUUAAUGAUCGAAUCACAUUACGAUCCUUCUGUAGCCUUGAGUGAUGCGGCACAACAGCUGACUCCGGAGAAUUUAGAUCAGCUCAUUUCGAAUUUAGUUCAACGUAAACAAAGUUCUGAUAACCCUGUAGCUACCGAUAAACUUUUAGAGCUUCGAAAACUGAUUGAUGAGAUUGAUGAUGAAUUAAUGAAUGUUCUCAAAAAGAGAACCCAG